AUGAUCGUUGUUGAACCAUAUUCAAUUGAUUUGUUGUGGAUUUUAAUUAUUGGCUUUAUCGUUGCUUUUAUACUCGCAUUUGGCAUCGGAGCGAAUGAUGUUGCUAAUUCGUUUGCAACGAUCUUCGAAAUUCUUGGAUCGAUAUUGAUCGGAGCGAAAGUAUCGGAUACGAUAAGAAAAGGUAUUAUUGAUCUGUCAACGUUUGAUAAUCCAAAAGAAUUAAUGCUUGGUCAACUUUCUUCUUUGAUUGGUUGCUGUAUUUGGUUAUUGGUUGCAACAUUCUUCAAUUUACCAGUAUCUGGCACACAUAGUAUUGUAGGUGCAACAGUUGGUUUUGCACUUGUCGCACGAGGCUCUAGUAGUAUUCAGUGGGCUGUAUUCGGCAAAAUCGGAGCUUCAUGGUUCAUUUCACCUGCAUUAGCAGGCAUAAUUUCUAUCAGCGCUUUCCUUGUCAUUCGCAAGUUUAUUCUUCAACAAGAAGAUCAUCUUAGAAUCGGUCUCGCUUGGUUACCAUUUUUUUACAGUGCCACAAUAAUGAUCAAUGCGUUCUCCAUCAUUCAUUCAGCACCACCAAUGCUGCACUUUCACAAGAUAAAAUUAUGGGGAAAUGUUAUUAUCACAGUCAGCAUUGGAGUGCUCGUAGGCUUGUUUAUUAUGAUAGUUGUUAAGCCACGUUUGAAACGCAGUAUCGAGGAAACAUUGAAAAAGAAACGUGAACUGGGAAGUCGAGAUGAGAAACCGCAACUGACCAAGACUGAAGGUCGAUUUGAAACCUAUACAGUAACCCGUUUGGAAAACGUGAAUACAAGUGACAAGGAAACGCAGAUAGAUCAUAUAUCCAUGCUGAAAGAAUAUGAUCUUAUUCGUUACCAACAACAGCACCCUGAUCAAUUUCGUCCUUAUGUCGAAAUGCAACGUAUACGGAAAGAUUCGGAAACCUUAUCCAAUUCAGGAUUUAGUACCGUGUCUCGCGGACGUCGAGAAAAUGAACGUGUACGAUAUGAUCCAGUAGCGACAGAUAAUGUAAAUGUCGCAACACAUCGAGCUAAUCCAGCACCAUCGAUCAUUCGCGAAAAAACCAAAAUUUAUCGUUUACCUCAAUAUUCAAAUACGAAUAGUGCACCAGCAGCUUCUGUGCUUAGUGAAAAUAAAAGCUUAUUACUAGCUUCAGAUGAUGAUAAUGUGUCAACGUUAUCAGGAAAUCAAGCGAGUUCAAAUGAAGAUUUAGAUGAAGUGGAAGAUAAAAUGCCUGAAAUUUCAACAAAAAAGAAAAAGAUCGAUACAACCAAUGAUUCCUUGGAAAUUGCAACCAUCUUUAAAUAUCUGCAGAUUCUUACUGCCAUAUUUGGAGCAUUUGCACAUGGUGGAAAUGAUGUCAGUAAUGCAAUUGGUCCAUUAAUUGGUCUCUGGUUGGUCUAUGUCGAUGGUGUCAUAGCUGCGAAAUCCGCCACACCACUUUGGGUUUUAUUCUUUGGCGGUCUUGGCAUAUCAGUUGGACUUUGGGUUUGGGGUCGUCGUGUGAUUCGAACCAUUGGAGAAGAUUUGACAAAAAUUACUCCAUCGAGUGGUUUUAUUAUUGAAAUUUCCACUGCAUUUACCGUUCUUUUCGCGUCGAAUUUUUCAAUUCCAAUUAGUACGACUCAUUGCAAAGUUGGUAGUGUAGUAGCGAUUGGUCGUGUUCGUUCAAAGCAAAGCGUCGAUUGGUCUUUAUUUCGAAAUAUUAUCGUCGCAUGGAUUGUCACCGUGCCUGUGACUGGUGGCAUUGCUGCUGGUGUCAUGGCGCUUCUCCGUCAUUUUGCUCUUUAG